AUGUUUCGAUUUUUAAGGCCUACGAAAAUUUAUAACGAAUUGCAGAAAACAUUAGAAAAAGUUAAAUAUGGAAGCGCGAGUUUUCGUUGUCUAACUAAUAAAAGCUUGAAAGAUGAUCAACUUUUUCCUGAGAGGGUGGAUUUUCCGAGUCGCCAUAUCGGCCCCAGGGACCAAGAUGUUGUAACUAUGCUGGAUCUUUUGGGUUACAAAAGCUUAGAUGAAUUAACCAACGAUGCUGUACCAAAGAUGAUUCAACUUAACGGUCUUAUGAACAUUGACGAACCAAUGAGUGAACAUGACCUCAUUGAAAGAGUUCGGAAGAUCUCGGAGCAAAAUCAAAUAUGGCGAUCAUAUAUUGGAAUGGGAUACCACAAUUGUUGCGUUCCUCACACCAUAAUGCGAAACAUGUUCGAAAAUCCUGGAUGGACAACCCAAUAUACGCCAUAUCAGCCAGAAGUAUCACAAGGUAGAUUGGAAGGUCUCCUUAACUACCAGACAAUGGUUACGGACAUGACUGGACUUGAUGUAGCCAAUGCAUCACUGUUAGAUGAAGGAACAGCCGCAGCUGAGGCUCUAUCGUUGUGUCACAGGCACAAUAAGAGAAUGAAAUUUGUGGUAUCAGAACGUCUCCACCCUCAAACGUUAGCUGUCGUCAGAACCCGCUUGGAUGCUCUCGGUUUAGAAGUUAAAGUAUUGUCUGAUGUAAGAGAGGCAGAUUUUGCACAAAGAGACAUCUCGGCUGUUCUAUUACAAUGUCCAGAUACUAGAGGACUUGUUUAUGACUAUUCAGGGCUAGCUGCUACUGCGCAAGAACACGGCACAUUAGUCGUCGUAGCAACCGAUCUUCUCGCACUAGCCCUUUUACGACCACCUGCAGAAUGUGGAGCGGCGUUAGCAGUUGGAACCUCUCAAAGAUUUGGUGUACCUCUGGGGUAUGGAGGGCCGCACGCUGGUUUCUUCGCUGCUGAACAUGCUUUAGUGCGUUUAAUGCCCGGUCGAAUGGUUGGUGUUACAAGAGAUGCUUCUGGGAGGGACGCUUAUAGAUUAGCCCUCCAAACACGUGAACAGCACAUACGCCGAGAUAAAGCCACUUCUAAUAUAUGUACUGCACAAGCUCUGCUUGCGAAUAUGUCAGCAAUGUAUGCAGUGUAUCAUGGACCACAAGGCCUCAGAGAUAUUGCUACUAGAGUACACAACGCAACACUUGUUCUAGAUCAUGGUAUUCAACAACGAGGACAUAAACAAAGCAACGAUGUGUAUUUUGACACUCUAUAUAUAACUCCUACUCAAGAUCACAAUAUAGACUCAAUUAAAACUAGAGCCCAAGAAAAGAAAAUUAACUUAAGAUACUUUGAAGAUGGAGCGGUUGGUGUUGCUUUAGAUGAAACAACCACUAUGCAAGAUGUAGAUGAUUUACUGUGGAUAUUCGACUGCAAAAAAGUAGAAGAGGUCAUGAGGACUGGCGACGUAAGAUCAUGCAGUGUACAAAACGGACCUUUCAAAAGAACCUCUCCAUAUUUGACACACCCCGUUUUUAACGCACACCAUUCAGAGACGAGGCUAGUGCGGUAUAUGAAGAGACUGGAAAAUAAAGAUAUAUCCUUAGUUCAUUCUAUGAUACCUUUAGGUUCUUGCACAAUGAAAUUGAAUUCAACAACAGAAAUGAUGCCGUGCUCUUUCAAACACUUCACUGAAAUCCAUCCAUUCGCUCCACUUGACCAGUGUCAAGGGUAUCACGUUCUGUUUGAGGAAUUAGCGAAAGAUCUUUGCGCUAUUACUGGCUAUGAUCGUGUUUCCUUUCAACCAAAUAGCGGGGCUCAAGGAGAAUAUGCGGGAUUAAGAACCAUAAAACGCUAUCAUGAAUACCGUGGGGACACCAGCCGUAACAUAUGUUUGAUUCCAGUCAGUGCCCAUGGAACUAACCCAGCCUCCGCGCACAUGGCUGGCAUGCGUGUAUGUGCGAUUCGAGUGACCCCUAAUGGGGAUGUAGAUAUGGCGCACCUUAAAGAUAUGGUCGAAGAGCAUAGUAAAAAUAUUUCGUGUCUUAUGUUGACGUACCCAAGCACGUUUGGAGUAUUUGAAGAGAGAGCAGCCGAUGUUUGCGCAUUAGUGCACAAACAUGGCGGACAAGUUUACUUGGAUGGAGCUAAUAUGAAUGCACAGGUUGGACUAUGUCGGCCAGGCGACUAUGGAAGUGAUGUUUCUCAUCUCAAUUUACACAAAACUUUCUGCAUUCCCCACGGUGGUGGUGGCCCAGGCAUGGGACCCAUUGGAGUGAAAGCUCACUUGGCACCAUUCCUUCCCUCCCAUCCUGUUGUGGAUCCGCUGGCAGAUCUCGGAGAAGAUGCUCACAGUUUUGGCUCAGUUAGCGCUGCUCCUUAUGGCUCCUCCGCUAUAUUGCCAAUUUCUUGGGCAUAUAUCAAAAUGAUGGGACCAAAGGGAUUGAAACGUGCAACACAGGUUGCUAUUUUAAAUGCUAACUAUAUGUCAAGAAGAUUAGAAAGUCACUAUAAAACGUUGUAUAAGGGUGAAAGAGGCUUAGUUGCUCACGAAUUUAUCAUCGAUGUGAGAGAUCUCAAGAAGACAGCUAAUAUUGAACCUGGUGAUAUUGCCAAGAGGCUUAUGGACUUUGGAUUCCACGCUCCAACAAUGUCGUGGCCGGUAGCAGGAACUCUCAUGAUAGAGCCGACAGAGUCUGAAGACUUACAGGAAUUGGAAAGAUUUUGCGAAGCCCUAAUAACCAUUCGUAAAGAGGUAAAGGAUAUAGAAGAUGGUGUAAUGGACAAACGGUUGAACCCGUUAAAGAUGGCACCACAUACCCAAGCAGAUGUUAUUACUGAAGACUGGAAUCGACCAUAUACCAGAGAGCAAGCAGCAUUCCCUGCGCCGUUUGUUAAAGGUGAAACAAAAAUAUGGCCAACUGUAGCAAGAAUAGAUGACAUGUACGGAGACAAGCAUCUAGUUUGCACCUGCCCACCAGUUAUUGAUGACUUUUAA